AUGGAGCUGGCAGAAGCGCGGGCAAAGGCAGCAGAGUAUGAGGCGUUCAUUGAAAACCGGCUGAAGAUGGACCUCAAGAGCGUGUUGGAUCAGAGGGAAAAGCUACUGCGCCAAAUUGCCGAUUACAUGACCCUCAAGAACAACUUGUUGGCCAUUGAAAAGAACGAGCUCAAGGCUUUCAAGACCCUGGUGAACUUGGGCUCCGAGUUUUACAUCCAGGCCAAGGUGCCUGACGCAUCCAAGGUGUUCGUGAAUGUUGGUCUGGGCUUCCACGUGGAGUUCACUCCCAAGGAGGCACUGAGCUUCAUCGAGCUCAAGGAGGCCCAUCUCACUGGGCGCGUGAACGAGCUGGCAGAGACCGCCAACAGCAUAAAGUCGCGCAUCCGAACGAUGUACACGGGCAUUGCGGAGCUCAUGAAGCUGGCCACCAUCAACGAGGAAGACGGACGAUAG